AUGAAGGAUAACCACAGCUCAGCAGAGCGCUUCCUACUGCUGGGUUUCACCGACUGGCCCUCUCUGCAGCCGGUCCUCUUCGCGCUGGUCCUUCUCUGCUACCUACUAACGCUGACCGGCAAUGCGACGUUGGUGCUACUGGCCAUUCGCGACCCUCGCCUGCACACACCCAUGUACUACUUCCUCUGCCACUUGGCUCUAGUCGAUGUGGGCUUCACCACUAGUGUGGUGCCACCGCUGCUGGCCAGCCUGCGCGGCUCAGUGCUGCAACUACCGCGUGCCGGGUGCAUGGUGCAACUGUGCUCAUCACUGGCCCUGGGCUCCGCCGAGUGCGUGCUGCUGGCGGUCAUGGCGCUGGACCGCGCGGCUGCUGUAUGCAACCCUCUGCGCUACGCCUCACUAGCCUCGCCGCUCCUGUGCCGCACGCUGGCGGGAGCCUCCUGGCUCGGUGGCCUGGCCAACUCUGCAGCGCAGACCGCCCUGCUGGCCGCGCGUCCGCUCUGCGCGCCCCGCUGUCUGGACCAUUUCAUCUGCGAGCUGCCCGCGCUGCUGCAGCUGGCUUGCCGCGGCGGCCGCAGCGCCACCGAGCGCCAGAUGUUCGCUGCGCGUGUGGUCAUCCUGUUGGUGCCUUCGGCGGUCAUCCUGGCCUCCUACAUCGCCGUGGGCCGCGCGGUCUGGGGCAUGCACUCCAGUUCCGGCUGGCGAAAAGCGGCGAGCACGUGUGGCUCUCACUUGACCGCCGUCUGCCUAUUUUAUGGCUCUGCCACCUACACCUACCUGCAACCCACGCAUAGUUACAACCAGAGCCGCGGCAAGUUCAUCUCGCUCUUCUACACAGUGGUCACACCUGCGCUCAAUCCUCUCAUCUACACACUGCGGAACAAGGAAGUGAAGGGGGCGGCACUGAGGCUCUUGCGGAGUCUGGGGAGACCAUAG